AUGAGCCUGAACACUUUUAACGCCAAGAAGACGCUGAGCGUCGGCAACAAACAAUACGAAUAUUACAGCCUGCCAGAGGCGCAAGGGUUGGGGGACAUCAGUCGCCUGCCAGUGACGCUGAAAAUUCUGCUGGAAAACCUGCUGCGCUUUGAAGACGACAAUACGGUCAAAGCUGCGGACAUCAAAGCGCUGGCUGGCUGGGCGGAUAAUGCGCCUGCUGCUGAAGAAAUUGCUUUUCGUCCUGCGCGGGUGCUGAUGCAGGACUUCACCGGCGUUCCGGGUGUUGCAGACCUUGCAGCCAUGCGCUCUGCGGUAGUUGAUGCGGGUUUAGACCCAAACAUCAUCAACCCGUUGUCACCGGUAGACCUGGUCAUCGACCACUCGGUGAUGGUGGACAAAUUUGGUACCGAUGAAUCCUUCGACGAAAAUGUCGCGCUCGAAAUGCAGCGUAACGGUGAGCGUUAUCGCUUCCUGCGCUGGGGUCAGACAGCAUUUGAAAAUUUCAGCGUCGUCCCGCCGGGUACCGGCAUCUGCCACCAGGUGAAUCUGGAAUAUCUGGCAAAAGCAGUCUGGACCAAAGAAGAAGACGGCAAAACGGUAGCUUACCCGGAUACAUUGGUCGGCACCGACAGUCACACCACCAUGAUCAACGGGCUGGGUGUGCUCGGCUGGGGUGUGGGUGGUAUUGAGGCUGAAGCCGCUAUGUUGGGUCAGCCGAUCAGCAUGCUCAUACCCGAAGUGGUUGGGUUUAAACUGACUGGCUCUGUCGGCGAAGGGAUUACCGCAACAGAUGUGGUACUGGUUGUCGUGGAAAUGCUGCGAGCCAAAGGUGUCGUGGGCAAAUUUGUCGAGUUUUAUGGUGCAGGUCUGGACAAUCUGUCCCUUGCAGAUCAGGCCACCAUUGCCAAUAUGGCGCCUGAAUAUGGCGCGACCUGUGGCUUCUUCCCGAUUGAUUCAGAAACCCUCAAUUACCUGCGCCUGACCAAUCGCGACCCGGAUACGGUUGCGCUGGUUGAAGCCUAUUGCAAAGCUCAGGGUAUUUUCCGCGAUGAAAACACCGUGGAUCCAGUCUACACAGACACCCUGGAACUGGAUCUGUCGACGGUUGUACCAAGUCUUGCAGGACCCAAGCGUCCCCAGGAUCGCGUGGCUAUGACAGAUUUGAAGCGUGCGUUCUCCGAAGCGUUGGAAUUGUACGGACGACAGAAGCCUGCCAGUGUCGAUGUGCCCGGUGAAGACUAUAAGCUUACCGACGGCGAUGUGGUUAUUGCCGCAAUCACGUCCUGCACCAACACUUCUAACCCUGCAGUAAUGCUUGGCGCAGGCCUGGUUGCUCAGAAAGCGCUGGCCAAAGGACUGAAAGUUAAGCCCUGGGUGAAAACCUCGCUGGCACCGGGAUCAAAAGUGGUCACAGAAUAUCUGGAAGCGACCAAUCUGCAGGAAGCGCUGGACGAUCUUGGCUUUAACCUCGUAGGUUAUGGUUGCACAACGUGUAUUGGUAACUCAGGACCGCUGCCGGAACACAUUUCCAGUGCAAUUGAAUCCAAUGACCUGGUUGUUGCAUCGGUACUGUCAGGUAAUCGUAACUUUGAAGGUCGUGUGCACCAGGAAGUGCGCACCAACUGGCUGGCCUCACCGCCGCUGGUUGUGGCAUACGCGCUGGCCGGCACCACCUCGAUUGACCUCAGCAGUGAGCCUAUCGGUCAGGACCAGAAUGGUAAUGAUGUGAUGCUGGCUGACAUCUGGCCAAGCAAUCAGGAGAUUCGUGACGUUGUCGAUCAGGUUUCAGUGGCUAUGUUUGAUCGUCAGUACGCUGACGUUUUCACUGGCCCUCCUGCAUGGCAGGCGAUAGAAGUGGAUUCAGGCGGCACUUACGGCUGGGAAGAUUCAACCUACAUCAAACAGCCUCCGUUUUUUGCAGUCGGUGGCGAUCAGACGCAGUCGAUUGGCGUCAAUGGCGCUCGUAUCCUUGCCGUGCUGGGCGAUUCAGUAACCACGGACCAUAUUUCACCUGCAGGUGCCAUUCAGCCGGAUAGUCCGGCCGGGCAUUAUCUGCAGCAGGCAGGGGUGGAUGUGAAAGAGUUCAACUCCUAUGGAUCGCGACGUGGUAACCACGAAGUCAUGAUGCGCGGUACUUUUGCGAACAUUCGUAUUCGCAACGAAAUGGUGCCCAGUCUUGAAGGCGGUUACACCAAACAUAUCCCAUCUGGCGAUGAAAUCAGCAUCUAUGAUGCUGCCGUUCGAUAUGCCGGAGAAGGCACACCACUGGUUGUGAUUGGCGGUAAAGAGUACGGUACCGGUUCAAGCCGUGACUGGGCAGCAAAAGGCACCCGUCUGUUGGGUGUUAAAGCGGUACUGGUGGAAAGCUUUGAGCGUAUCCACCGCUCUAACCUGAUUGGUAUGGGUGUGCUGCCUCUGCAAUUCAAAGCCGGAGACAGUCGUCAGAGCUUAGGCCUGACCGGCGAUGAAAUCAUAGAUGUGCAGUUACCUGAUGGUGCAACUGAAACCCCUCGUCAGGAAAUAAAGGUUGUCAUCCAUCGUGCUGAUGGCAGCGAACAGACCGUCAUGGUAGACAGCCGCCUCGAUACGGAUAACGAGAUUGCAUACUACAAAAGCGGUGGCAUUCUGCAGUACGUGCUGAACAAUCUGGUGGCUGCAGCAGCUUAG